AUGUGGAAGAUCCGCAGCCAGAGCAAAGCGUCGGGCUCCGGGCUCUGUGAGGGGGAUGAAGUGGUCUCCAUCAACGGCAACCCGUGUGCGGACCUCACCUACCCGCAGGUCAUCCGGCUCAUGGAGAGCGUGGCCGACUCACUGCACAUGCUCGUCAAACGACCUUCCGGUGGAAUAAGGGAGACUUUGGCCUCUGAAACGGAAAACCAGACCCCUGAGCAUCUCCCCGCCGAGGGGUGCAUGGAAAGCACCACCCUGCAGAUCCGCCCGGCCACGCACAGCCAGGACCCCGAGCCCCACCUCGACUCCCACCAGAGUGGCACCCCCCUGGCUGAGAACUCGGAAAGUGGUCCCGCUUUUUCUGGGAGCAAAAAAGAAGAAGAAACGGGCCAGAGUUACGCCGAGGCGCCCCACACGCCUGGGCCCCCGAGAGGACGCGCGGCAGAGGAGGGAGUCUUGCUGGAGAGGAAGGCAGCCGUGGGCUGGCCCGGCCCCGUGGUUGAGCUACAGCUGUCCCUGCCUCAGGACAUGGGCACGGGCCCCGGGGCCCCCGCCCUGGCCCUCCUGGGAGCUGACACACCUCAGAGCCGUGACCCAGACCCCAACGCUGUGCACAUAAACUCAGCCCCCACGAGUGAGAGGGGGGAGGCCUCGCUGAGGUCCAGCAAGGUCAUCCAGAUCCGCAGGGGCCAGGAGCUGAGAGUGGUCCAGGGGGCGGCCGCCGGGGCCGCGGGGCUGCCGCGAGUGGAAUCCAACGUGCGAGCGCCGCCCCCGGUGGCCUACAACCCCAUCCACUCGCCCUCCUACCCGCUGGCGGCUGUCAAGUCCCAGCCUUCGGCCCCGCAGGCCUCCAAAACCAGCAAGAAGAAGGGCAAGAAGCCGCUCAACGCUCUGGAUGUCAUGAAGCACCAGCCCUACCAGCUCAAUGCAUCCCUGUUCACUUUCCAACCCCCAGAUGCCAAGGCAGGCCUCCCCCAGAGGUCACCCACACAGGCCGCUUCCGUGUACUCGCUGCCGGCCUACAGCCCCCAGCCGGCCUUCUUCCCCGAGGCCGCCUCCCCGGUCAGCGCAUCCCCGGUGCCCACGGGCGUCCCCGUCUCUCCAAAGCAAGAGGUGGCCUCCACGGCGUAUUUGGUGGCACCGCGGCCCAAGUUCUCGGCCAAGAAGAGUGGCGUCACAGCGCAGGAGAGUGGACGCUCACUGUCUCUCCCGGGAAGACCCGUCCCACCCACCGUUUCUGCGACCCCUGCCUGGGCGCGCCGACCUGCUCUCCGCUACCCCGCCCAGCCCGCCGCGGGCCCCGAGGGAGCGCACAGGAGACUCGCUCCCUGGGAAGCAGCAGCCGAGUCUCCUCUGGGUCUCGUGGAGGAGGCCUUCCGGCCCAGAGACAUCCGGGACUCUGUCGUGGCCAACGUGGUCUCGGCCGCUCGCAGGAAGGUGCUCCCGGCGCCCAUGGAGGGGUGGGGUGACGGGCUGCCCCAUGCCCCGCAGGCCCCGAUGGCCAGUGUGGGCCUGUGCGGGAGCCGAGAGUAUCACGGGGCACCCCUCCCCAACAGUAGUGUCCCCACCCACUCCCAGUGGCUGCAUGCCUCUUACAGGCAGCCUUCCAGGAAUGAUUCUUGGAUGACAUCCCUGGAGACCCGGUCUGAGUACUGCCUGUCGGCAGCCGAGGGCAACUACAACCCCUACCCCAGGGGGUGGAGACGCCCCACAUGAGGCAGAAGGUGGGUCGCGGGCCCCAUCACGGUCGCUUUCAGCGAUGUCCUCUGCAGGGCCUCUGACGCCUGCAGUAGCUUUAGAUUCACUUUGGUCUUAGCGUGUUCUUGAAGUCACCUGAGGGUGGGUGUGUGUGUACGUGCACGCAUGAGCACAGAUCAGGCCCGUGUCUGCUGACGCACAGAACCUCUUUGAAGAGAAAAAUCCAUUCCCAGUGUGGACAUGCUGGCUGGCAUCUCACUCAUCACUGUAAUCCCACAUCUGCCACGGGGAGCAGGGAGUCUCGCACCCGAAGCCCCUCGGGUACCACGGAGGAAGCGCUUUCCUCUGUGUGGCCCGGUCCAGGCAGGAGCGCGUGAGACACGGCGCCCACGGCGGCGAGCAGCAACGCCAGGGACUGUAACGUGGGAAGCUCUCAGCAGAGCCGGGCAGUGAGGGCUACAUUCACCACGAGCCCCUGGGUGUUAUUUGAAGCCUUUCACAGAAACGUUUCAAAAAAUCGAAUAAAAUUCAGAUGAUUUUGUAGAGUGGCCACAACGGCAUUCUCAGAAAGAAAGAGCUGCCUGAGAGGAAGACAGUUACAUGUUGCAGAAGGACAUUUGAGGUGAACGGUGUCACGUGUGGGGAAUAGAAAGGCUUAGGUAUGGGGAGGGGGGUUGCCUUUAAUCCAGCUACAGCCAGCGGCCUGAGACCGGGUGCACCGGGGUUCAGGUGCCCCCGCUGGUCAGGUGGUCUAGUCUCAUGUCCUCACCAGCUCUGACACGCAAAGCUUCUCUCGUUGGUAGAAUGAGCUCUGGUGUGUUCAUUAUGCAUGUUUGCUGCUCAUCCUAUAGACAUGGGCUGAGCCCCAGAAGAGAAUGAGGUCGUCGGUGGUACUGCCCGUCUUACAAAGGUCCGAGGAAUGGUUGGGUGGCAGGUUCUGUGCUACGUGGUACGUGGAGUGAGGUCGACGCGAAUGAGAAAACUGCUGGUGGAUUUAAGGAAGUGGUGGAGGGAUGGGUCCGGCGUUAUGCAAUCGAGGUGGUGACCAUCUCUUUAGUUAUAGGAAACGGUGUUUCUUUACGAAGCUGUCACUAGGCUGUUCCCAGGAGGCAGGCAGCUGCCCGGCUGGCUCCCUGGCCCGCGCCUUGUUAGCCCGACACGAGACCAUGCACGCCGGCUCCUCUCUGCUCAGCCCACAGGCACCGGCCACAGGGGCACGCCAAGUAUUUCCCAUCAGAAGCAAGACCUGAGGCCAUUUCAGAACAAAAAACAUGUCAAGCAUUGAAAACGUUCUUAGGUACUUUAAAGGAUUAUUUUGCUUUGUUUUACUUUUUUAAACAUAUAUUUUUAUUGAUUUCAGAGAGGA